UCACCGCCAAACAGUUCCACCGCGACCACAAGUCGUGUGACCAAAGACAUGGCUCCUCCCCUCGAGAUACCUUUCGCCACACCUCCCGCAGAUUCAAGCGAUACAACACAGGAAAGAAAAGAAGGUGUCUUCAACUACUACUUCUUGUUCCUGGCUAUCUUCGGGCUACUCGUGGCUGUAAGCUUGUGGCUGAUACAUCGACGGAGAAAACGCCGGAAGGAACAAAUGCGUUUGAGUGGACAAAAUGCCUUGGCAAGAGAUCUAGAUGGCUGGGUUAAUACUCGAAGGUGGAUGCAUGGAAGCUGGAGACACAAUCAGACUGGAUUUGUCAGAAGAGAGGAGGGUCUUGACGAGCAUGGAGAGGCUCCUCCACCGUAUGAGCCCAAGAGCGAGACGACAGUGGGCCAAGAUGGUGUGAGCACAAACCGGCAGCCUGCUGGUGGUUUAGCGAUACCCCUGAGGACACUGCAGAGAGAUGAGAUUGAGAGAAGCCGCCCUCCGGAGUACCAGGAGACA